AUGGAGGAAAGAGAUAUCCAUGAAUAUAAGACAAGCCCAUUUGAUAAAAGUCUUAUGGAGGGAGUUAAUGAGAUUAAGGGUUGCGCAAAAGAUUUAGUAGAAAGAUUGGAAAUUCCUUAUAGAGUUUUAUUAGUGAUUUUUAAUUAGAAAUCAGCAUUUGAAUGCAGCAGAGAUUGUUUUUCUGUGGAAAAUUAUGAGCUGAGAGAGUCUUUUGCAUGCAAAAAUAAGUGUAUUAGUGUCCUUGAGUCUUUAAAAAAGGACCAGGAAGCAAGCUUUGCGCAAUUUGAUGUAAAAUAAAUUUAGACUGCCCUUAAUCUUUGCUUUCAUUCAUGCACCAAACAAAAGAGGAGAACCCCUUACCUAUCAAAUGAGGCAGUUUUAUGCUAUAGAGAUUGUAUGGAAAGAGGAAAGCAGUCUUUAAUCAAAAUGGAAGCGCAUUUUGCUUCUCUCUAUUCCCAAUACACAGACACCCCUUGGUAA